AUGGAGUCUCUUGAAGCUGUUUCGUCUGGUUCUCCUCUCCUGCAACCUGAACCUCCAGAUCCGGAUAUCGACGUGAUGCUCCUGGUGGUUCCUCCUGUUCCUCCAGUCCCCCCCGACCCUCCACCGGUUCUCCUAGGUUGUGCGAUUAUCCGCCAGAUCUCGUUGUCUUUCACCACCCCUCACCAUCAGAGAGAACCGGAAGCUCCGUUGCCAUGGUUUCUCUGCGCUUCUACUAGUUUCUCGCUCAAGCUUCUCUGCUCAGAUGCAGAGGCGGGGGUUGUUGAGUUAUUUGUUGCAAGGUUUUUGGGAUUUCUGAUAGCAAAGUGCAAGCUUACCUCCCUUCAUUGCUCAUCAUUUCAAGUUCUCGAGGACUGGACUUCAAAUGGUGAAAUAUUGGAGUUCUCAGUCAAAGCCUAUCCUUCAUUUGAAAUCUCUGGUACAUGUUGUUGGACCCAUCUCCCUUUGCUUCAUGCUUCCGCAAGGUGGUUCGCUUUACAGCACUCAAUCUUUCAAAAGAGGUGUUUGGUCGCCUCUGAGGUCGUUGAUGUGUCCUCCACAGUCGGUUAUGUUGAGAACUUCCCGACUUGUUCGGCUAAUGGAAUGUGGAUUGAGAUUUCUGCUCUAAGCACCAAGGCUGUAACGCUGCAGAAAGCUCCUCGCUCAACAGCAUCAUCUGGACUUUCAUGUCUUCAGAUUCUUUCGGACUCUAUUGUCUCCCUCUUUGCCCUGCGCUCAGGGUUGGAUUUGAUUGAGAUUACAGGUUUCUUCAUCGCCAAGAACCUUGUCCCUCUCGUCACUCUGUUUUCAUGUUCUUCUAAACUAUCUACUACCUUAUGUUUAGUUGUUGUUUUCGCAAAGGGUGUUGUCCCCAAACAUUGUUCUUCAAGUACUCUGUUUUGAGUUUAUGAAAUGAAACCGUUGACAAAAAAAAAAAAAGCUUACAUUUGAAUUCACUAAUUCCUAUUGAAACUUACUUUUAAAACAAAACUAACUUCAACAUAAUACAAGCAAUAAAUUUGGUUUAGAUAUUUAUUUACUAUAAAACGAGAAUAUCAUGCUCGUAGAUGUUAUAAUAAUAGUUAAUCGUGUUCUUAACCAUAAGAAUCCUACGUGUUCUUAUUAUAUAAUCUGUGUUUAAAAUUUAGUGAAAAAAUGUGCAAGUCAAAAGACCAAGGGGGUCUCGGUUUUAAAGACCUGGAAAAGUUCAAUCAAUCACUGCUGGCCAAACAAGCCUGGCGUGUCAUGAACAACCCGAACUCUCUGUUGGCUCAGGUUCUCAAGCAACGCUAUUUCAGUAAUAGGUCGUUCAUGGAGGCAAGGGUAGGAGCUCGACCAUCCUUUGCCUGGCGGAGCAUUCUUCACGGGCGUGAGCUCUUACAACAAGGUCUACUGAAAUCAAAGGGUGAUGGUGCGGAUACUUUAGUCUGGUGAGAUAAAUGGAUUGUCGAUACAAAACCAAGAACCCCAGAUUAUAGACCAGGAUCAGAGGUUGAUAUUUCUGUGAAGGUUUCUGAUCUUUUGAGCCAACAAACAGGGGCUUGGAAUCGGGAACUGGUCUAUAGCACCUUCAGUCUAAGAGAUGCUGAGACCAUCCUGAAAAUUAAGCCUCAACUUGAUCGCCAAGAUAAGAUGAUUUGGGGUAUGACUAGAAACGGGGAGUAUACCUCAAAAAGUGGAUAUGCCUUGCUGGAGGCGCUAGAGGAGGAGACGACUCAACCCACAUCUAACACGUCGCCACUAGAAAAUAAAUUAUGGACAGACCUGUGGAAGACCAAUACGUCCCCUAAGCUUAAACAUUUCUUGUGGCGUACGUUAUCUGGAGCUCUGGCGGUAAAGGAAAGAUUGAGGUCUCGGGGCAUUCAGUUAGAUACUACUUGUUCUUCGUGUGGAGUUGCUCAGGAAGACAUUGGUCAUGUUCUAUUCCAUUGUCGGUUUGCAAAAGAUGUUUGUGUUAAAAUUUCAGGAGUUGCUGAUUAUGGAAACUUAACGGUAGCAAAUGCUCUUGCCGAUAA